AUGAUCUCCCUCCCCCCCACUGAUCACCUCUUCCAUUCGACGGCUUUCCAGUCCGCCCUCGUGGCACUCACGCUCGCCUUCUAUCUCUCCUCCCCAUACCUGCCAACCGUCAAACAGCGCUCAUGGAUUCUCACCACCAUCUCCAGCGCCGUCAUGUCCAUUGCCUCUCUCCCGCUCGCAUACGACUACUUAUCCUCCUACGGCGAUAUCACACGCAUCCGAACACUCCAACAUGCCUAUCUCAUCGCCGAUAUCGUAUUGGGGUUGUUGCACUACCGGAGUAAGGUUAACUGGCUGACAGGUUGGGUGCACCACUCGGUAUAUGUCUUCGUCGUCGAGUACGCCAUCCGUAUGAACUGGAGUCACAUAUUCUGUUUGUGUGCAAUCAUGGAGAUCCCAACUUUUGUUCUCGCCGUCGCCACCAUCAACCCCAAUCUCCGUUCCGACGUCCUCUUCGCUACAACCUUCUUCCUCACCCGUAUCGCACUACACAUCAGACUCGGUCUCUCCCUUUUCCUGCAGCGCGCACGCGUCUCAGAAGGAUCGAUGGGACCAGGCAUUAUCAUGGCGUGUAUAUUUCCGUUGCAUGCCUUUUGGUUCUCGGGGUGCGUCAAGGGUUUCGUGAGGCGAAACCAGCAAGGGAAGAAGAAGAAGAAGGUGGCGGAUGGGAAUGGUGCAGUUGUGACGAGACGUGAACACUCAACUGUUCCUAACGGCACCCCCGUCACGAGCCCUUUCACGAGUCCCCAUACGUCCUCCUUUAUUUCACAUUCAUCCCGUCUUUCCACGUUCUCUCGCAGACGCACAGCACUCCGACUUGCCAUGCGCCAACGAUGGGACCAAUUUCGUCUCUCGCGUACAGGUCGACGCAUUGGUGAAAUGCGGAGACGGUUGAGCGACGUACUGCCGGUGCGGGAGUUGGUAUACGACUAUGUGGGGAUCGAGAGGGGCGGUAUAGAUGGAGAGAACGUGAGGAAGGUAGCCAAGGAGCUGGACUCAGCAGAAUCUGUGCCGGCAUCUAUGGGUUCUAGCUCGAUAUCUUUGUCGUCAUGA